ACAGUGAACAAAUAAGCAGCAGAGAUGUGAGCAGCGAAGAUCGUGGGAGGGUCUGCCCAUGCAGGGAUGUCGCACCAGUCGACCUUGAUAAGAACGAUGAACCUUGCUGUAGCCAAGGCGCUUGAAGUCAACGUGCUAUGAGUUGGGAGUUGAGCGGUGACCAGCGUGACACAAGGAUGGUUAGUGAGGCGCUCUUCCCUUGCCUCGGGGCACUGGAACAUGUGCUGACGGUGGCAGGACUCCUGGCGGUGUCCAAGAUCCUCCUGCAGCUGCUGUGGAGUGUUGGCAGCGGUGUGAGGGUGCACUUCUGGUCACGGCUGUGGAAGAAGCAGCUAGUGGAAGACUACGGGCGGUGGGCAGUGGUGACGGGCAGCACUGAUGGCAUCGGGAAGGAGUACGCCAAGGAGCUGGCCAGGAGGGGCGUCAACCUGGUCCUCGUCUCGCGCACCAUGGAGAAGCUGCACAAGGUCUCGGCGGAAAUUGUGCGGGAGUUCGGCGUGCAGACGGAGGUGAUACAGGCUGACUUCAGUGGCGGCCGUCCCAUCUAUGAAGACAUCGCCAAGGGCCUGCAGGGCAAGGAGAUUGGGAUCCUCGUGAACAACGUGGGGGUGUUGCUGUCUGAACCCAUGGAGUUCGGGGACGUGUCUGAGAAGGACAUCUGGAGCCACGUCAACGUCAACGUGGCCUCGGUGCCCGCCAUGACCAAGCUGGUGCUGCCGGGCAUGCUGAAGCGAGGCCGCGGUGCAAUAGUCAACGUGUCCUCCAUCACCUCACUGUCUCCCUUCCCCAUGAUUGGCAUCUACUCGGCCACCAAGGCAUUCGUGGACUUCUUCUCCCGCGCGCUGCAACAUGAGUACCGCAACUCAGGCAUCACCGUGCAGACUCUCAUCCCCGGAUAUGUCUCCACCAACAUGACCAAGUAUUGUGACCUCGUCCAUGAUCCUGGCGUAUUCGUGCCCACCGCCCCGACCUACGCGUCCAACGCCAUAAAUACCCUGGGCUACGCGCGCCACACCACGGGCUACUGGGCUCACAGUCUGCAGGCUUACUUUCUCAACUUGUGCCACCGCCGGCUGCUGAUACCGCUGGCCGGGAAGUGGUAUCAAAUACAGAAGAAGGCAAUGAAGAAGAAUAAGGAGUGACAAGGAUAUAAUAGAUCGGCCUCUAACUCGAAUAUCUAUCAUUUGAUUUUGGUUUAAUGCGUCCUAAAAAUGCAAAAUCUUGUUACGCGACCAAGAUUCCUGUAACAAGACUUCCCUUUCGAAAUGCUUGCCCGCCGCGCCACCUCUCUCGAGUUAUGCAUUCAAUCUGAAGGACUAAUUUCUUUGAAUCGUGUGUAUCCAGUCGUCAUUUCUUCUAUCUCAUGUUAAGGACUAAAACAGUGAAUAAAUUGUAAUAGUCUAGUAGGAUUUUAACACAUGGUAGAGGUGUCUUUCGGUCUACGCUGUUUAAAGAGACUUGAAGGCCUCGUGUAUUAAAGAAAACUAAUGAUAAUAAUAGGAAAGGUUUUUAGUUGAUUCGAUAUGUUAAAUUGCACUUCUUUUCCUUGAAUGUAUUUACGCAUAUGUCAAUUGCAUGAAUCACGCUUAUCCUUGCAAUU